AUGAACAACACCGGAACUCUGGUUUCCUCUGACCAAGUCAUUGUGGCUUACUCGGAUGGUCAGAUCACCGCUGGAGAGAUUUCUCAGGUGUUAUUCUAUGCCAAUUCACGUUUGUUGGCUAUGCGCCUUUAUGUUGACAAGAGCUUUGCUACUGCCAUGCCCGGAUAUGCAGCAAGAUUCUACCAACUCAUGAAAUGGGAAAUGGAGACCUUUGUAACGCCUUUCAUCAACAUAUCCUUCAUUAGCAGGUGCUCCAUUGUCAUUCCAAAACAUCUUCAAGAUAUAAUCUCAAUCAUGGUUGUACAUGCAUUGGUGGACCAGCAACCGGAUGUGAAUGAGUUUCUCAGGGACAUAAAAGAAUUGCCUGUCUCUGUGGAUUCCCCCGCAUCUGAUGAAUAUGACAUUGCUCACAUGCCAGACUAUUUCAAUGCCUGGUGGAAGGAAAACCUGGGCUCUUGCAGGGUGUCAGACAUGUUGCCAAAGUCAUCUGUCCAAGAUGUGAUGGAGUUGGUGGAGGGUCAUUUUUCAGAACUUCCUGAUCAUGUGGAAACCGGCCGCCUUCCAUAUAUGCUCACGCUUGGCCCAGUUACUAAACCAGAGACCAUUGGAUCGGCAUCUCUUGAGAGGUGCCAUCAGACACCAAUCGGUAGAGAGCUGUUGGAAAUAUUGCAGGGGAGGAUGGCGAAUUUUUUACAUUCAAGUGAUAGGUUGGCCGGAUUAGUUGGCCCGGUUGAUGAACUCACUAGGGCUGUGGCGUCCUCACAGGCACUCAUGAACCGGUUGAAUACAGAUGACAGUGCAUCCGUACGGUCAAGCACAAUUUGA